AUGAAAACAGUAUCAGUAGCUUUCUUUGGCCAAACUGAAAGUGGCAAAACAAGUUUAAUCCGUCGUUUUGUUCAUGGUGCCCAAAUAAUAGAACACACCCCAACUAUUGAAGAUGUUUAUAAUACAAUUGUCGAAGUGGGUGACAAUGAAGUUAAUUUAAAAAUAACUGACACGACCAGUGAAGAAGAUUUGGAGCUUUUGAAGACUGACCAAUACACUAAGAAUGACAUUUUAGUGUUUGUGUAUUCAGUAACAGAGAAGUAUGCAUUUUCUCGAAUGAAAGAAGACAUGUUGCAAAGUUAUGCAGUUGUUUCAGAUACACUUGAAGAAGACAAGAAACCAACCUUUGUAAUAGUAGCCAACAAAAUUGAUCUAAAAGAAAGAGUUAUCACACGAAAGGAUGGACUCGAUUUAGUCAGUAAUAUGAAAGCACUCUGCUCCAUAUUUUAUUUUGAGACUUCAGCAUUUGAAAACAUCAAAGUCGACUUUUUAUUUGAUUCUAUUGCAAAGGGGUUCCAAAAGAAGGAAGAGUUCUAUAAAAAGAGAUCUUUUGAUUUUAACUGUGAACGGCUCAAUAUGCCAUCUCCUCGACCUAAAAAGAUGACCAUUGCAAAGCUUAGUUUGAGCCAGACAGAACCCAAGCCCGAACCAAAGAAAAAAGGAUUCCCAAGGCUUCUUGAGUUCUUCAAAAAAGACAAACGGUCUGCUUCUCUCUCCGCCAAAGUUGCUCUUUAA